AGCCGGGGAAAGGCAGUCAGAAAAGCGACCCCCGAGGGAAGAUGUGAACAAGAAGGUGGAUUAGGAUCUCCCGACCGGGCGGCGAGGUCAGGGGAGGUGGCGAAGGCGGACCGGCAGCUGCCACGCCAUCGCAGAUGCUCCGGAAGGGUAGGAAACUUUUUUGUUGUUGUUGUUCCCUUUCUCGAAACGCUGUUUUUGUAGCAACAAAGAGCUGCAUGCGUGGACACGUGAUUUAUUUAUUUUUCUUUUUUUUUUUUUUUUUUUUUUUUUUUUGUAACCAGACGCCGAAGCUCCCCCAGGCCUUGCGGUGCAUUAGCACCGGGUGUCUCCGCGUUGUGCUUCCCCCCCACACACAGCGCUGGCCGCACAGCCGACCUGUUACUGUGCACACCGCGGCGACAGCGCCGGAGCUGGCUGCCGCCAUGGCCCUCGGGCAGGGCCGGCAGGGGAAGCGGCCCGGCCCGGCCCGGCCCGGCCCUCCCUGGGCAGCGGCCGCGCAGGCGCCCGGCGGGCCGAGGGGAGGCGGCCUGGCCCGGGCCCCGGCGGAGCGGUGGACGCAGCUCCGCCAUGCCCGUGCGGUUCAGGGGGCUGAGUGAAUACAAGAGAAACUUCAAGUGGAGAAGCCCAGAGCUUUGUAGCCCGUCCCAGCAGCAGAAAUCCUUGUGGGCAGGACUUCGGUCGGAUCAGUUUGGAAUCACAAGAGAACCAAAAUUCAUUUCCAAGAGAAGGGUACCUUACCAUAAUCCACAGAUUUCGAAGUCCCUUGAAUGGACAGCAGAUUGUGAUUCGAAUGACCCUCUGGAAACUGAAGCUGCAGAGUUCCACGCUGACCACAACAACAAUAAUGUGAAUCAGGAAAAACUUGAAACACCAGAAGGACCCAGACUGCCCCCAAAAGUUCAAUCACAUGUGGUAGAUUCUGGUGGUGAAAUAGCUCUUGCCCUUGCAGAGACCAAAAUGAAGAAAUCACCCUCGGAAGCUGCACUAAAUCAAAAUGAAGCAUUUUCACCUCCAAGAAAGGAACCAGAAAAAAUGGGUAAUGGGUUUCACAGAGCCCUUCAGAGGAAAACAAACUUAAUUAUCCCCAGAAAUUCUGAAUAUCAAAGCCAGUUUGUCUGGAAGAGUCCUCAUGAAAAGUCACCAAUACUUGCAGCUGAACAGCUGAUUUGCAACACAAAGAAAUCCAUACCUCCGGUUAAACCUCCUGCCAUUACUUCUGAAACUGCAUAUGAGAGAAAUUCCAAAGGGUCUCCUCCUGUUAAGAGUCCACAAGAGAGAGGUGGUUCAGAAGAGAAAGAAUUUAUGAGUAAGAGGGAAGAACCGUUUCAAAAACCAACAGAAGAUGCAGCAAAACAAGGGAAAUCAGAACAGAAACAUCCUAAACAAAAUAAUAAGCAACAUAUCAGUCCAAAGCCCCUCACUUUACAUACAAGUCGUGGGAAGAUGAACACUGAAUAUAGGUCAAAAUUUUUGUCUCCAACCCAGUAUUUCUACAGAGAUGGAGUUUGGUCUCGUAUUAAAAGUAAAGCUCACAACCAGGCAUCUCAAAACACCCUAAAUUCCAUGUGGUAUAUGGAGGUGAGAGAGCUUCGAGAAAGAGCGAAGGCUUACAGGCAAAGAGUAGAGGGAACACACUUCUCCAAAUACCAUUUCAAUCAGAUCCUAUCAGAUAAUAACAGUCUUUGGGAUGUGUCCUCAACUUCCAGUUCAGAAGAAGGAAUCAGCAACAACAUCAGAGCACUAGAUCUUGCCGGUGUUUUUGAAAAAGAAGCUGCACCAAGCCCUGAAGUGCUACAGCAGCCUGACUCCAGAGAACAACCGCAUCAGGACAGCACAAACAAAGACACGUCAGAUGCUUUAGCUGUUCCAGUCAAAAGACGUUUAGUUUGGGAUGAACAAGAAGGUACUGAAGAAAGAAAAAAUCCACAAUCAACAGAAGAGAAAGAGGAAGAAAGGCCAGAUGAACAGGCUGCAGUCAUGGCCCAGCAAUUAAAAGAAAAUAAGGAUGCUAAAGAAAAUGAGAAAACUGAAGGUGAGAAUGCCUUUAUAUUGAACACUUCUGCAGCUGUGUCAGAUUCUUCUGAAUCCUCAAGGAGAGGCAGCAGGACCCCAAGGACUCAUCAUGAUGGCACUACCCCAGCUGUUGGAAGUACUGUUCUGGUGUCUGCUCCAAAAUUCAAGUCAUCUUCACCUCAGAGAAAGCGAAACUUAGCAACAAACCCUACAAAAAAAAGAUCCUUCCAGCCUAAUGUGAAAAUGGAAGCCACUUCACUCUUUAACUCUGCACCUGCUGGGCUGGGAACUGUGGAUCCUCUGCCACUUAGACGGGAUCAGUUGCCUCCUAACAGGGUUGCUGAUGAGCAAGUUCCUCUUACUUCAGCCCAUCAAGAGCAGUCAAAAUCAGCAAAAAGGUGCUCUGUGCCUUGCUGGAGUCCCUCUCAUCGUAUUCAAGGGACUCUUAAGGAUCCAGAAUUCCAGCAUAAUGGCAAUAUUGGCAAUCCAAAAGUGAGAACUUUCCAAUUGCCUCUUCGGGAAAGAAACCAUAAUGAUGAAGAUGACAGGUUGUCUCAGAUUUCUGCUCGCUCGGCAGCAUCUAGUUCUCUUGCAUCUCAAAUACUGGAACGAGCUCAGAAGAGGAAGGAUUUCUGGGGCAAGGCAUAGUUUCUCCUUCCUGUUGUAUAGAAACUACUCUGUAAAAUGAUGUAUUUUGUAUAGCUUGUAAUGUACAUUUUAAGAAAUUGUGAUUGUAUGUUUCACACAGCAUCCUUUCACUUACCAUUGAUAUGGCCCAAGUUUUAGGACUUGCCAUCCCAAUUGAAAAUCAAAUAUUUAAACUGAUGUUGUUGAAAAUUAAUGUUCUUUAUAUCUGAGAGUUAGGUCUUAAUUCACUAUGUUAGAACAGUCUUGCGAGGCUUUAUUUUUUUUAGAGUGGCACCUUCUAAACCUGAGAUAAUUAUUUUUCUGUGGAACCUGUGUGUGACUUUUCAAGAUACUCUGCUGCAGUCAUGCAGUAUGACCUGGAACAGGAUUCAGGGGCAAUACCGUCAUUCACCAAUUACCUCAGUUGCUUUAUUUUAUCAAGUUACCUUAAGGGCAGCUGUGGUGUAUGUGUUUGUGUUACUGUAUGAAUUGUCAACAUAGCACUGUAACAGAGAGUUGCUUUUACUACUUACUGCUUUUAACCUUCUACCAAAAAAUUCUGAUUUCUUAAUGCCCCUAACAUAGAGUGUCAUUAACUGUAGAACAAAGAGGAGUUUAAGAAAAGCAAAGCAUUAUGGUUUGUUCAUUGUCCACAGGUUUUUGGCCAGGAUGACUGUCAGAGAUCAGAGUGUACAGUACUGCAGUUUGUCAGCUAUAUUGAUAUGAAUACUUGUCUUGUAGACUAAGACCCAUGCUUAGUGUUAAUUUCAGCUUCUCUAGAAAAAGCAAAUUCAGCUACCAUAGCCAGUGAUGUUCCUCAGUUCCACUUCAAACUCUGGUAUUUAGGACUAGUGAUCUCUUUAAGUAAACUUAAAAUAAUGUUCUUUUUCCUUGACUUUGAUAUUUUAAUUACCUCUUAUCUUAGUUUCCUGUUUCAGGGAGACUGAUAACAUGAUGAUUGUCACAGUGAAAAGUGUGAUUUAUGCUGACAGCUCAUUUUGUCUUUCCAAGUGAUGCAGACAAGUUAAAAUGAAGUAGAGGAAAUAGGUAGCUAGAAAGCAGUUUAGUUGUGUGUGGCUUCAGGUUUUAAUACUGCUUCAUUUGAAAAUUUUAUGCAAGAACAAUUUGAACUUUGUACACACUUGAUUACAUUUUGAUUUUGUAUGUAAUUAUGUAUGCAUAUUACUGAAAAUAAAAACAGUUGUUUGC